GCUCACCCAUCGUUAUUGCCCACGAAGCACACAAACUCACCUGGACACUCCAGAAUUCGACAGCGAGUCUGGUUGUACCCUCAUAUUUCGCAAGCUUUGCUCUUAUUUUUUUUCAACCAGCUUGAUAACCAGGCUCUUUACUCUUACUACCACCCUGACUAUCACCGCAACAACCACGGUAGUUGUGGCUGGCGACUACAAGCCUUCUACUUCUAGACCACAACAGCAAACGAGUCCUCUCGAGCAGUGUUGUCUUCGACAUCACUACUGCUACUCGACCGGUCCUACCAGCCAGGCUCUCUCAUCUACCACUUCCACCGAGCGAAUAUUGUUAUCCACUGGGACGACUACCCACAAUGUCGCUCCUCACGUACCCUCCGAAUGGCUACCACCUUCUCGUGAAGCAGCAGCCUCGUGAGGCUCUGGUUGUGGCUAAGGGCAAGGAGAAAGCACGCAAAGCGAUCGAUCCACCACCCGUCGUUCAACUUGAGGUCAAGUCUACCAUCGAUCCUCAAAAAAACUUUCUCCAGAACCCCUACCUGUUCAUGAUGGUCAGCCUAUAUAAAGCUGAUCGAGAUGAGCCUUUACCCGGUAAUGAGUCCAUGACAGGCACUCUGUCAUCGGCACUGCACCGUCUCAAAGACCACAAUAACGUCGAUGUUGGGCUGUUCGUGUUUGGAGAUAUCUCGGUCAAGAUGCUGGGAACAUACAGGCUGCACUUUCGCCUGUACGAGUUCAACCCAGACAUCUUCAGCUCUCAGUAUCUGGCAUGCACAACUAGUGACAAGUUCAGUGUUUUGGCACCCAAGGACUUCAAGGGCAUGGAAGAGUCUACCUCACUUAGCCGUCUGAUCGCCGAUCAAGGUGUCCGUCUCCGACUGCGCAAAGAGGCAAGGACCGCAGCUGGCAGCAAGCGUUCGUACCCUUACGACAGCCCUGUCAGCAUCGCACAAGCUCAUCCAAGCCUACCCAAUGAGUACUCCUCUUCCUACGAGGUAGAACACUCACCAAUCAAGCGAGAGAGUACGUACAACUCCACCAGCCAGACUGAGGCAUCGAGUCAUUCUACCAUCGAGCAGCCAUAUGGUGCCCAGCCUCCAUACAAGCGCUCCUUCCCGUCGUACCCUCCUGUUGGACAACAGUCUUCCAUCACUGCUCCUUACAGCAUGAUGAGCCACCCGAGCAUUGUCGGACACCACUCCAGCCUGAUCAGUCCUUCGGGAGUCCUGCCCUCGAAUACAACUUCAGCGUAUGCUGUCGACACCACAGGCUUGUAUGGCAGCUCCACCUACCCAAGCUCUGGCUCUACUUACCAAGGGACUGCCGCUCAAUACCCGGGUGCCGGCUACAACAGCGUGUUCUUCAACAACUAUGACGGCAAUCUCCCACGCUAG